UUAAAAAUCAUACUUAACUGAACAUACCACGUACAAAAAGUAAACAUUUCUAAAUUUGGACCUUUAGCUAAAAAAUUAAAAGAAAAUUAGCAAACAUAUAUUUUAAUAAAAAUGUCAAGUACAAGUGUUUCUAACUAUAAUACUGUUAGCAAAAAGUGUGGAGAAAUUAUAAUCACAAUGAAAAAGAAUGCCAAAAAUGUUUAUUCAUUCAAUUGCUGGUUUUGUGACACCAUUUGUAUACAAAUGAAAAAAUUCACUUUGCAUCUUGAACAGGAACAUGUUACUGAAUUGCAACAUGCAAUUUCUAUUGUUACUGAUCAAUAUAAACAAGAAAAUGCUCAUAAAUCUGAUAUUGAAAAAUUAAAUAAUGUCGAUAAUACAUUAGUUGGAGAAAUUAAAGUAGAAGAUUGUGUCAAUGAAGAUAUUAAGUCCGAAACGGAUGAGGAAAAGUCACAAGUUAUAAAGGGAUGCAACAAAAAGGAAGAAGUAAUACCAAGAUUCCAAGACCCUCUUGAGACCUUUGAAGAUAAUCAUGAUGGAAUUUCAUUGUCCAUUUCUGAAGUAUUGGUUGACCAAAAUUCUUUGAAAUCAGAUAGAAAUGAGUGCUUUGAAAAUAUACAACCAACAGAAGAUGUAGAAAUGCAUUACUUUUCAGCAGAUGAACAACAUGAAGAUCAUUCAGAUUUAAGCGGUGAAUAUUCUUCUGAUAGUGAUUUUAAAAUUGAGGACAAUGUCGAUGAAAAACUAAUGAAACCAUUUAAACAAAAUGCAAAGGCAAAAGAAAAGGAACUAAUUUUGGGUCUUAUUGAUGCGUACUAUAAAAAUCCACAACUCUGGGAUACGACACUUACGGAAAGAUGUAAUUUGAAGCAGAAAGAAGAUAUACUACAAAAUAUAACAGACGAAUUGAAUGCACACCUAAAGAUGAAAUUAAAAUUAUACAUGGUUAAGAAAAAGUUAAAUUUUAUUUGCAAGCAGUACGAAAAAGAAAUUGAAAGACAAAUCAACGAGAAUGACAAUAGCAAUGAGUCGCAGAAUUCAGAAUUAUGGUUCUUUGAAAAUAUGAGUUUUCUGAAAUCCACAAUUGAAAACAAAUUAAAACUAAAAAGGAAAAAACCAAAACAUAAAGUGAAACCUUUAAAUGAUAAUCUCUUAUCUGAUUUAAUUGAUAUUUACAAAAACUACAACAGUUUAUGGGAUGUUAAUCAUUUAGCUUAUACAGUUAAGGAUAAAAGACAUGAAACUAUGGAGUCUAUGUUGGAAGAUAUUAAUACUAAAAUGAAUCUUACUUUAGAUAUAUACAAAUUAGAAAAGCACUUACAUUUUAUACACAAAUCAUUUGCUAAGGAUAAACACCACAGAUUGGAAUGUCAAAUAAAACAAGAGGAUUUUCAUCCAUCAUGUUCAUACUUUAAUAAAUGUGACUUUUUGGAAAGCAAUCAAGGACCUUUCAAAUGCCCCAACUGCAAUGAAAUCAUUGAAACUUAUAAUGACUUUCAAGUACACAAAUCGCAACAUGAUGGCUCCGUACCAUUCAAAUGUCAGGAAUGUGGCAUGGGCUUCAAAAAAGUUACUAACUACACCAUACACGCGAAACGGCAUUUGCGCGUCUUUAAAUUUCAUUGCGAAAUCUGUGGGAAGGGGUAUCCCUUUAAUGCUGAACUAGAUCUUCAUAUGCGUUCACACACUGGAGCCCAACCAUAUUUAUGUUCGGUAUGCGGCGAAGGGUUUCGUACAGCCAUUAGUUACGAUAAUCAUAUACGACGUCAUGAGGAAAGAUUUAAAUAUUUUUGCCAUAUAUGUAAAAAAGGGUUCAAUCAUAUGACACGCCUUAAUGACCAUGUCAAAGCCCAUCUCAAUGUCCGUGAUGUUAUAUGUACGGUCUGUGGUAAGGGUUUUACUAGCCGUAAAUAUUUAAAUCAUCAUAAGCGUAUACAUGAAGGUAAAAAUUAUAGUUGUAAUAUAUGUGGGAAAAGCUUUGCUCAGGAUGCUGGCCUAAGGGCUCAUAAAAAAUACCAUGGAACUCCCAUUGGCAUUAGUAGUAUUCAAAAGGAACAAAAUAAAUAUAACUUAUUGUAAGUUCAUAAAUAUUUAUGAAGAAAAAAAUUAAAUGUAUGUAAAAAUUUUAAAAAUUUCCUGUAUAAAAUAAAUAUAAAGAAUAUUACUUUUAAAAAUUAUAAAAUUUUUUCAAUAUUUGGAGUAAAAGUUGUUGUAAAUCCGAAUUAUGGACACCAUAUGUCAAGCCUAAAAAAAUUAUAUUAUUUGUAAGAAAUUGCAAAAUUUUUUCUAUGUAAUGCAGAUAUUAUCAUGUUUUUGCUGAGUGCGUAUUUAUUAAAAGUUUUUCUAUAUAAAAAAUCAUCUAGUUUAUUAAUAAGUUUAAUACCUGCAUAUCAGUAUCACUUGCUC